UUUUUUUUUUUUUGUCUAAAAAUAAAGCCAAGAAGACAGGUGAUUUGCAUUACACUAUCAUAAAUCUUGGCUCUGCACCAAUUCAAAUAGAAUAUGUCUCUCUUAACAAAUAAAGAAAAAGACCUACUAGCUACAUUUAGAGAACAACUCUGGCUCAAAAGACAGAUUGAACAACUAGAACAAGAUCAAACAACAGAUAAAGAACUAGAAGAACUGACUAUUCCUCCAGAAGCAACAGAUCAACAUGUAGAAGAAAGUAUUGCAGAAUAUAAACGCCAUAUUGAUAGUUUGCGUACGAAUCUGGACAUGCUCUAUCAAUUCAACAAGAGUAAAGAACUCGUUCAAGAAAAGAUCUAUACACAGCAUUACACAACAAACGUAUUGUAUCCUGAACCUUCUGAUCAUCAACAGACAGAACUCAACAGACAAACACAAGACAAGUUAAAAGAACGUGAUGAUCUAGUGAUUGAAUUGGUCAUGUUGAUUCGUGAAUUAAAUCAGAUAAACAAGAAACUAGACGAGAUCCAUCGACGCAUUAUGGCUCAACACAUCAAGAAUAAAGAACUACAAAUGAAACUAAAAGAGCAGCGUAUGGAACAUGUCUCGGCUAAAGAACAGCUAGCAGGUGCAUUGAAAUCCCAACAAGUCAAUGAUGCUCUAAAACUAGAAGCGUCUAUUGUGCGUAGUAUGCUUGGGCAUUUGAUUGAUGAAAGCGAAGUACAAUGGAUGUAUGAUGAACGUUGGCUUCAAGUCAUGUUACGCAUAGGAGAAAAGAUUGAUUUAUAAAUAAAAUAUAUAUAUAUAUAUAUGAAGGGGGAGGGGUAUUUUAUCGUUUGACGAAACCAGC